AUGAAGAGCGUGUCGAGCAAGAAAAUGGAGAAUUCACAGAGGCCCAUGCUUCAAUUUUUAGGGAUAUGCAUUUUCUCACUGCAGUGGAUGCUGACCCAUGAGGAAGUCAAUGUGGCCUUAGGAGGAAUAGCAACACAAUCUUCUGUAUUCAGUAACUCUUUCCCUGCUGACCUUGCUAUUGAUGGGAACAGAGGAUCUAAUUUAGUUUUCCAGUCAUGUACACACACAGAUACUGACUACAACCCGUGGUGGAGGGUGGAUUUGUUGGCGGUGUAUGAUAUUAGCAGUGUAAUCAUCACUAACAGAUGGGAUGUCGCUCCAGAACGGAUAAAUGGUGCUGAGAUUCACAUUGGCAACUCCUUGGUCAACAACGGCAACAAUAACCCCAGAUGUGUCGUUAUCUCUAGCAUCCCUGCUGGUGUCUCUGCAAAUUACACCUGCAAGAUGAGGGGUCGUUAUGUGAACAUCAACAUUCCCCAUGUUAGAGGGUAUCUCACGCUCUGUGAAGUGGAAGUCUAUGGGGUUCAAGUGUAUAGUAAGAGUGCAUUUCUGAGAUUAAAGUUUAACAGCAGUGAGGAUCUCACGAACCCUACCGUGAGGGACAACGUUCUUCAAAAGGUGAUAUCUGCCAAUGUCCAGCCAUCGGUAUUUCAGGUCCGUUGGACAAAGGAACCGGAACUGGUAACUGAAACUUAAAAAAAUGGUGGCAGAAAUAUGUCUUAACCAAGAGGAAGAAGAAGAAGAAGAAGAAGAAGAAGAAGAAGAAGAAGAAGAAGAAGAGGUCAAAGAAAACAACAGCAAAAAAAAGACCAUCGAAUGUGUGAGGUUUAGCUCUUGUAGGUGUAGCUCUUGAAACUACUAGCUAGCUGAUGUAAUAUAUUUAUUAGUUAGAAGUACUAGAAGUUUUUUAGCUUGUUUGUUUGGGAAAUGUAUCUAUGAAAAAUUAUUACUACAGGGUUCGUACAAGGUGCUUAAAGUGCUUGAAUUUGGCUUUUGGAAAUUUAAGUACUGGAAAACCUUGAAAAUAGCAUUUUUUUUUUAUCUAACAGUGCUUAAAAAGAGCUUGAAUGAUAAAAAGUCAAUGAAUACGAAAUCACUAAAUAACUUUAAAGGGUUUAUUUUCUAUAGAACAUGAAUACAAUCCUUUUACUCAAAAUGUGACUCUCCGCUGCAGCUCCUGCUCCUCCAACUUUUUCAAAAACGCACCUAGCGACAUAUAUAGCGACUUUUCAAACAAAGAGAAUGGUCAGUACUGCCCGGUGAGUGUGAGGUCCUGCUUUCCCCCCGGAGACACGCCUCUCUCUGCAGCUACUCUGUUCAGUGAGGGGCAGAGAGGAGCAGCACAUCUAUGAGAGGUUAUUUUACAUGGAAAUAUAGCACGAAAUCACAGUGCACACGUUGUCUUUAGCUUAUGUGUACGGUGGUUUAGUCAGACGACGUCGCGGUUAUAAAAUCAGGAUUUUAGCAGUGCAGAGCAGCAGCUUGGAAAAGGUUUGAAAGUGACUGCUGCUGAACAUAUGGUCUCUUAAUGGGGUUCAGUCACUAUUUCAUACUCGUUCUGUUGUCUGACAAAAGAAGCAGAAAAAAAUACGUAAAUGACAACAGCUUUAUUGGGAAUUCGGCUCUAACGGGCUGACAUUAGGAAGAAUGAAAAUACCAUGUAAUGAUGCAAUGUAUAUGCUAACUAGCGCAUGACAUCAUCUAGAAAAGGAGUAUUUUAACAUUACGGUGAAGAUGAAGCAAUGUCUGGGAAAUACACAUUUUGUCCAUCAUAGCUGGGAAAAGGAGCAAUAUAAAAAUGUAUUCGUUAAUUAUUUUUUUAAUUAUUUAAAAAGAAGAAAUAAAGAACGUGUUUGAAUGACAUCUCUUGUAUAGUCUGUGAAAACACAAGCAUACACAGCACUUGAAAAGUCCUUGAAAAUCCUGGAAUUUCAUUAUGAAGCAUCUGUACGGACUCUGUUACUAGGUACUAUGGGACCGAUUGAUGUUUUAAACAUGCCCUCUUGAUUUCUGGGUUUAGCAUACGUAUACCUGGGUUUGAGUUUAAAAUAAUAGCUAGAUUUUCUGGUAGAAUAAUGGUAGUUAAGUUUCUCUCACAAAUAUGAUCGAGUCGAUACAGUAUGUUCAGUCGUUUUUCUGGGAAAGUGAGGAUUUCUAGGUUAACAUAAUGGAAAACAUAUGAUAUUUUGAAAUUUGGUAUGAUUGGAAGCAUGUUUAAAACACAGAAAGGGCCGAGAUCGUGUAAGAAUGAGGUUUUACUCACUGGCAUAAAUGUGUUCACUUUAAACUUUGUUCCUUCCCUUGAACCUGCUUGAGAAUUUCCAAUGUUCGUAGAAGGGUGAUUCUCAGUACAGCACAUUAGCAGUUUUUAAUGGGCUUUUAAUUUAUUUAUUUGUUUGUUUAGUUAUGUGAUACAAUUAUGGGGUUUUCUAUUUAAUACCUGUUUUUUUUUUUUUAUGAUUUUACAUGAUUUUAUCUUAUUUGGCUCAUCCUUCCUCAUUCCCUUAAAUCAACAUUUCACAUUGUUAGUGUCAGAAUCUUAUUUAACAUGCAACAUUUUCAAUAAUCUGUAACUAAGACUCAAUAAAGAAAUUCUCAUUACA